AUGGACGAAUUAGCCGCAAUUAGUCUUGCUGGUGAAGAGCCUGUUGAGGGAAACAGUGCGGUGGUCAGAAAGAAGCGUAACGGAAAGGCCGUACUCGAGACAGGGGAAGAAGGCCUUACUCAGAGAGAAAAAGGUGAAAGCAGCCGGUCAGCAAGUAGGUUCAGCUGCGCGCAGGAAACGAUUAAUGGUGUCUUCUCUGACCCAGGAGAAAUGCCGGCGAUGUUUGGAAGAGAUGCUCCUCCGGUUGUGGACGAAAUUGAUGAUGAUGGUAUAGACAGUGCCUUGAAAGACGUCCGCUACGAGGGUGAUGGAGUUUUUGUCGGCCGAAUAUUCAGGAACAAGGUGGAAUGCAAAAUAAAGAUGGCUAUAUAUGCAAUCAACAGAAAAUUUCACUUUAGGACUCCUCGCUCUACACCACACUUCAUGGAAUUCAUCUGUGUUAGCUCAAAUUGCCGUUGGCGCGUGUACGCUUCGCUGAUGGACCAAACCGAAAACUUCCAGAUUAAAAAAGCUCAGCUGAAGCACACCUGCCCAAUUGAAGACCGCAGACAAUACCACAAGCAAGCAACAACACAGGUCGUAGGGGAAUUAAUACAAACAAGGUUUGUUGCAGGCCAGAGAGGACCGGGUCCUAUAGAGAUUCAGCGAAUCAUGCUACAGGAGUUCCAGGUAAACAUCUCCUACUGGAAAGCAUGGCGAUGCCGGGAAGUUGCUGUAGAGAAGGCUUUUGGGUCUGUGUCCGGGAGUUAUUCGUUACUCCCAUCUUAUCUUGAAAACCUGCGGUCCUCAAACCCGGGCUCUGUUUGCAAAACAGAGUUCCAGCUUGAUAAAAAUGGAUCCAAGCGGUUCAAGUAUAUGUUUAUCUCAUUUGCUGCCUCCAUAGCCGGACUGCCGUAUUUAAGGCCUGUCGUUAUUCUUGACGGCACACACCUCGUUGGGCGUUUUGGUGGAUGUCUAAUUUGUGCGAGUAGGCAAGAUGGGAACUUCCAAAUCUUCCCUAUUGCUUAUGCCGUCGUUGACAGCGAGAAUGAUGCAGCCUACGAAUGGUUCUUCAGGUGUCUGCAGACGAUCAUAAAGGAUGAUAGAGGAUUGAUGUUCAUCUCCGAUAGACACUCGUCAAUCUACUCGGGACUGAGAAAGGUGUACCCGUCCGCUGGGCAUGGUGCGUGUUUAGUACAUCUAGCGAGGAACGUGACAAACCGAUUUAAAGAGGGUAGAUUACCUGCAUUAAUGGUCCUAGCAGCAAAGGCUUAUACAGUGUUUGAGUUCGGACAACUAUUUGACGAGCUGCGGAGCGUUAACCCGGCAUGUGCCGAGUACUUAACGGAGUUGGGGCUUCCUCACUAG